AUGGGAAAUAAUAAUUCAGCAAAUAAUCUUCUAACUGAUCUUGUUGAUACAUCAGUAGCAGUAACAGACGACAUAUUUAAAGUCGACAAUAUUAAUUCAUGUGGUCGAAAACAUGCAUCAGCAAAAAUUCACGUAUCAAAUGAUAGUUUAUGUAUAAGACAAAAACAUCGACAAUCGUUACAGAUUCCAUUAGAAACAAUUAAACGUUAUGGUAUAGACGGCUCAAUAUUUAUUCUUGAAUGUGGACGACAAGCUCCUCUUGGUCCAGCACGUUAUGCAUUUCGUUGUAAACAAGCACAUCGUCUUGUUAAUUGUUUAGAUCAACGUAUAACAUUCAGAUCAAAACAAUUACUAGAACAACAACAACAACAACAACAACGAGGAACAAUGAUAUCAUCUUCAUCUACUUUAACAAACGUUUCAAUAACAUCACGCCAUCCUCAUCCUCAUCGGCGACGACGAACACAAUCCGAGCAAGGCGUAACACGUCGAGCGCCAUCAUCUGUACUUUUUUCAUCAUCAUCUUCCUCAUCGAUUUCAUUAAAUUCAAGAGAAACAUUUUCUUAUCGAAAUUCUGAACCAAAUUUGUCAGAGGAUUAUUUACCUUUCGAUAUACUUCCUUGUCACAGAGAAAGUAACAGUCACAAUGAAGAAGGAAGACAGUUCAUAGCCAGACUUAAACAACAUGUUGAAAGAGACAUUACUCCAGAUCUUAAUUAUGUUGAAUUAAAAUCAGAAUCAACAUCGAAUUCGAUUAUUCAAAAUGAUCGUAGAAAUGACUUAGAAAUACCAAUUGCUACGAAAGAACCAAGCAUUGAAUUAAUGAAAGAGUCUCCUUCUCAACAAUCCUGUAAACGAGCUCUUCUAUCAUUUUUUAAUCCUCAUCAACAAUCGGAUUCAAAUCAAACUAAUACAUCAUUAAAAACUAAUUCAAUAUCAAAAUCAUUAUCAACAGCGCCUUAUGUUUAUAUUGAUCAUGAAAAAACAACAACAUUGAAAGAAAUUGCAAACGAACGUUUACAACAACAACAAGCUCGCCGCAUUGAAGUCUGA